AUGACGGACGACGAUGACGUCCUCAAGCAAGCCAGGGGUCUUCCCAUCGCGCAACGCGUGAAGCACGCGCACUGGAAGGCCCGCACGGAGGCGUUCGAUGAGAUGAAAGCGACGUGCCAGCGACAUUCUGAUUACGCCGACGCCGACGUCCUGCGCGCGUUCGGUGCGCUCGCGACCGCGUUCGUCGACGCGUGUAAUGACGUGGAAGAUACCGACGUGAUGACUGGCGCGAUAUCGGCGAGGGCGAGCGAACGUUGGAGAGAUUUGAGAUUCAAACGACUGACAGCUGACGCGUUGGCUCGAGCAGGCGAGUGCGCCGCGAGCGCGUGCGCGGACGGGAACGCCGCGGCGCUGGACGCGGGGACGGAGGCUGUGGUGGCACUUUUGACGAUCGCGGAUACCUCGUACGCAGAUCGCGAGGGGGAGGCGAUUUUGGCGGGCGUGACGACAAAGGGGUUCGGCGGACGGCCGCGGGCGCAGGCGGCGGCGACAGAGUGCUGCAUGCUUUUGAUCGAGCUCGAGCAGGGAGAAGCAGUGAUCGACGCGCUUUUGAGAGCGACGGGACACAAGGUGCCUAAGAUUGCGCUGGCGGCGACGAACGCGAUAUUGGGGGCAGUGCGGGACUUUGGCACGCCCAAGGUUGUUCCGGCGGCUUCGAUUUUGAAGGGAUUGGCACCCUUAUUCGACGCCAAGGAUGCGAAGGUUCGAACCGCGGCUAAAGAUAUCACAGUGGAGAUGACGAAAUGGUUAGGCGCGCAGGCGGUGAAGCGGGAUUUGAUCGAUAAAAUGCGAGCAGGCAUGCAGGCGGACGUGAACAAGGCCAUCGCCAACAUUCAAUCUGGGGCGCAGGCGCGUCGAUUCUUGCGCAAAGAUCAACCGGCGGCGGAUGACGCGCCGGUGGCGGCAGAGGCGCUGUCAAGAGAUAGCGGCGUACAAGACGUAUCGACUUCCGAGACAUCGGUGCCGGUCGCCGCGCCCGACGCAUACGAAUAUUCCGAACCAGAGUCGAUUUUGCCGCUUCUGGAGAAGCCAGGAGAGGGGGAAAAUCCAAAGUUUUGGGAUGGAAUCGUCAGUAAAAAAUGGCAGGAACGCCUCCACGCGCUGCAGACGCUGACGAAAGUAGCGAGCGUGCCGAGAUUAGCCGUCGCUGAUUACGGCGACGUUUCCAAGGCGCUGAAGCAGGUCAUCACGAAGGAUAGCAACGUUGCAUGUGUCGCAGAGGCGGCUCGCGCCGCCGCCGCACUGGCCAGAGGCGCACGCAAGGAGUGGACGCGCGAUGCGCGAAUGUUGUUACCGGGCAUGCUCGAUAAAUUGAAGGAUAAGACGGCGACGGUGAUUGAGGUGUUGCAAGGUGCGCUGAGCGAGUUUUGCAAAUAUUGUUUCGAGCUAGUGGACGUCGUGGACGACGUGUCCGUCGCGUUGACACAUAAAGUUCCCAAAGUUCAGAUUGAGACUCUCAAGUGGUUAGCGAGAUCGUUCGAAGAUAUGAAGUGCGCUGAAGUUAGCCCGUUACAUAAGAGUUUCGGGCCGAUGAUCGUAAAAUGUACGAGCGCAUCGAACGGAGAUGCUAGGAAUAGCGCAAUGGAAGCCAUCGCAUCGUUGGCAAAAGUAAGCGGCGGCAUCAAGCCCAUUAAUUUCUUACUCAUGGAUUUGGACGCGGUAAAACGGAGUAAAAUAGAAGAGUUAGCGUCUUCUAAUUCGUCGGCGCCGGUAUCGGUGCCGGCGCCACAACUGACCGUUCAACGCUCGAACACAACCAAAGUGUCGGGCCCUCAAGCGGAGCGGCAGCCAAUCGCAAAGGCUAUCCAGCCGGUAGUGGGGAACGAACCGCUGAUAGCGCGCACCGCGACAAAUAUUGCAGAAAGCGUAUCUUCCAUAUCGAAGGAUGACGCUGAGGCGCGUGUCGUCGCCAUGCUCACCGCAGACGUCGUCACUGGUCUGAAGAGUGCAGAUUGGAAGGAGCGCCUUGUGGCGAUGAAUUCAGUCCUUCAUAAGGUUCGGGCGCUAGAUGACGCUGCGAGCGAUGCAUUUGAUGCACUUGCCAUUGGACUUGCCUCUUUCCCAGGUUGGAGCGAAAGCAACUUUCAGGUGAUGGAUAAAAUGUUUGAAACGUUGGAGAUCCUGAGCACCAAGUCCUGCUUUGAAUUCAGGCAUGCUGCGGCAGCGUUUGACGUUCUCGGUGAAAAACUUGGUUGUUUUAAGCUCGGAUCCCGAGCCGCGUCGACAUUGAUGUCAUUUUCAGAGGCACUUGGGCCGAAGAUGAUAAUGUCGCGUCUUCGAGAGAGAGCGGGGAACCAUAAAGCUCCGAAGGUGGUCGUCGGCGCGUUGAAUUGGGCUGGUGCAACCGCGAUGGAGUUUGGUUCUGAGUGUCUCGACGUCGAAAUGAUGUUACAGUGGGCUCGAGAAGCGAUGGAAACACCGAACCCCAUGAUUAAAGGCGCCGGUGCAAAGCUCGUCGGGGCACUUCACGCCGUCGUUGGUCCGACCGUCAAGCAUGGUCUCGGCGGUCUGAAGGAUGCUCAGAUGAGAAGUCUGGAGGUGGAAUUCGCAAGAAAUCCGUACGAGUGCGAUAUCACGCCAAAAAGAAAGGUUAGAGCGGCCAAGGUUUCUUCACCCACGGCGACUCGUACUGAGCCAACGCCGAUGGUGGCGCCAAUCGAAUCGGCACCAGCUCUUGUCAAUGAAGAGCCACGAACAGACAUUAGCAACAGAGUUAACGAUGGUUUCAUCAACAAUAUGAAUGAUUCAAAUUGGAAGACUCGAGCGGCGGCUUUGGAAGACAUUGGGAUCAUUCUGAACAGUGUGAAUAAUCGUAUCUCGCCGAGCGUGGGUGACUUGUUCAAGAACCUUAGCGCACGCUUUGCAGAUUCAAACCGCAACGUCGGAGCGACGGCUCUAAAUGUCGCAGGUGAGGUUGCUCUGGCCAUGGGAGGACCCGUGGAAAAGAUCGGUCGAAAUGCUCUAUCGGAAGCUGUCAAAUACUUUGGCGAUAGUAAGAAGAACGUACGAGAAGCCGCGUUAAAAGCGUGCACGUGCUGGGUCACCGCUGCUGGAUUAUCAAAAGUUCUUCCAACCAUCGCAGAAAAGUUUCAAGAGUAUUCGGCAAAGAUCACCGCCGAGGGUAAAAAGGAAGUCGUCGAGUGGUGUUCGACGAUGUAUAGUCAACACGAAGGCGUCGAAGACACCGUGUGCGCGAGUGCUGUGCAUAUAGCGGCCGUUGGAUUGAUGGACAAAGCUACAGAGUCUCGCAAGGCAGGUACAGCGCUCAUGGAUGCGAUUCUUGCCAAGGUCGACGCCGAAGCAGUUCGCAGCGCAUCAAAAUCUCUCAAAGGCGAUGUAUCGAGCGCGAUAGACGCUUACUUCAAUCGCGGUCAAUCGAAAACCUUGGCUUUUCGGGCGGCUGGAGCAGCCGUGGUCGCCGCAAAUGCGCUGAAGACCACCGCCGCGGAGCGAAACGCGGCGCGGAAAGCAGUGACGCUGGGCGGUGGCUCUAGGACGAGUGAGGCACCAAUGUCAGUUCCGAACGGGCCGGUUUUCCUGAAAGACGCGGAGAAGGCCGUGCGCAUACGUAAAUAUCCUCGCAAGGCUAUGAAGUUUGAACCGCUGCGCGAUGACGACAUAUCUCUGCUGACGAACGAGCUCAAGACUGCUUCUCAAGCUUACAUCCGCGCAGACGUGCACAAGCUGAUGUUUACGAACGAUAUGAAGGCACAUCUCGCAGCGCUCGAUGCCCUUGAAGAGGCUAUCAAAUCGGAUGAAGCGGAGUUGAUCAACAGCCUCGAUCUACUAAUUCGAUGGCUCGUGCUGCGCAUAAGCGAAUCGAGUCCAAACACGCAAGUGCUCACUCGCGUUCUCGAGGUUGUCCUGGCAGCGCUGCAUGCCGUAUGCGAUUUGGACUACAAACUCGUCGAACAAGAGGCUGCGAUUUUGCUUCCCGUUUUCGUCGAAAAGUCUGGCCACAACAUCGAGACCAUUCGAGACAAGUUCCGCAAAAUCUCUAGAGCGAUUCCGACGGUGUACUUGGCGUCCAAGUUUGUCGGCUACCUCACCACGGGCAUGGUUGAGACGAAGAGCUCUCGCACUCGCGCCGAAUGUCUCGACGAAGUCAGUCGGUUAAUCGAGCGUUACGGCAUGCUCGUGUGCUUGCGAGAGGACAAAACAUUAGAACACGUCGCGAAGUUUGUGGAGACGAGAGAUAUGAGCCUCAGGAAUUGCGCUUUGAAUUGCCUUGCGUGUGCGUACAAGGUUGCUGGAGAUUUAGUGUGGAAACGCAUCGGUCAACUUCCAAGCGAGCAAGUCAGAGAGGUUGUCAGCGAUAAGUUUGCUCGUGUCGCAAAAGAAAUGACUUUGAACAACGAGGGUGCGCCUGGAGACUGGGUGAACUUCAAUCCAAUCCCCAUCACGAGCGCGCUAGAAGGCGCGUCGGUUAGCAAGAGCGUGGAUGUUUCAACUCUCGCAUCGUCAAGGUUGGCCAACAUGUUGGCGAGCAGCGCGACGAUCGAAGGAACCAAUUCUUCAAAGGACCGCGGCAUAAACAUGCUGUCGCAGUCAAUUUCAGUGCUGCCUUCGCAACGUCCAAUCUCGGCGCGUUCGCUUGACGUGGAGAUGUCAGACGUGCCCAUGCGAGCUCCUGCGCCUGAGUUCACUGAAGAGCGCGUCUUGAUUGGGGCGCGUACACCGAACGAGACGACUCUGACAAGGCCCAAGACGAGCGUUACAGAAGUCAGUGCGAGCGCGUGGUCCAGGGCAUUAACGGGUGUUAAUGAUCUUGACGAACAAGUCGCCGUCGAGGCGAUGAAAGCGGUCUGUCACGAAAUUGUGAAAGUGAAAGACGACGUUGCCGCGCACGCCGAGAUGGCGCAUGACAUCGAGGCCAUCGUUCAAUCUAUGGUGAAGAGAAUCGAACACAUCUUUAUCACCGCCAUAGCGACGCCGACAAAGGGGACGCGCGCGUGCCGAUACGUCCUGAACGCAUUGAUGCACGUAUAUCAAGACCGCGCUUUUGCCACUGCGAUCUCAGAGCCGACACAGCGUGAGUUCAUCGAGCAGCUGAUUCGCGUGAUUUUAGACGAGCGCGUGGCAAAGCUCGAAGAUGGAGAGUCGUUGAUGAAAGCGGCAAAUAUCUUGUUGAUCGCCAUGAUGGAAAACUGCACGAGGUCGUUUUCGUUCGUUGCAUUCGUGACGCUACUUCACAAUCGACCGGCGAACGUUCCGACGCAGUUUGAUUCAAUGCUUGUCAAGUGCCUGAUCAAACUGACGCGCUCACUGCAACUAUCGGUCGACAACGUACACAUCCCGACCAUCAUCGGAGCUAUUCAUGGAUACUUUGAAGCUUUCGGAAUGGACGAGAUCAACGCGCGCGCAAAGUUGGACGAUCAAGGUUUGCGCGCUAUCAAGACGCUGCUGCACGAGAUCACUGCGCGUGUCGGAGACAAUGUGUACGACUAUUGCUCGAGCAUUCCGUCUCGCACUUCGAUACCGACACCGAUCAUAUACUCUUUCAUCGGCGUGAAUUUGAUGGCGCCCAACUCGACAGCGUCGCCGUCUGUUCAGCCCAUCAAGCUGGCCUCGCAGCCGACUCCCGGGUCGAGCGUGAAGAGACGGUUGGUGGCAAUCUUCAAGAAGAUUGGCGAAAAGGGGACGACGAGUCAAGGAUUGGAAGAUCUCUAUACGUUCACGAGAGAUCAUCCAGAGGAGGAUUUGACCCCACACCUCGAGCGCACGAGCGAGGCGUUCCAGAUGUACAUCAAGCGCGGUUUGCAGAAGGUCGAAGCUGUGCACCUGCGGAAAAGUCCGAGCGUCUCGGUAACCGCUCCGAUCAACCCUUCGCCGGUUGCCGAGGCGAAAUCAAGCGCCGCAGUGUACAGAGAGCGUUUAGCGCAGCUUCAGGAUAAUAUUGGCGUCGAGAUCGCUCCAGCGAAACCGAGCGAAACGGACGACGCACUCUCGGAUCUCGAAAGACUCAGACGACGAAUGAACUCGAUCAACGCGAAGGCCACUGGGCAGGAGCUCCCUUCAUAA